AUGGUAGCUUACAGAGGAGGAUUUGCGUGGGAAACUACAAACAAAACUCUCAUCUUUAAUCUUCAUCCUGUUUUGACGCUCAUCGGCUUAGUAAUUCUGGGAGGUGAAGGAAUAAUAAGUUACAAAUCGCUUCCACUUGAGAAGCGAGUGAAGAAAUGGAUACACCUUGUUCUCCACGCAAUUGCUAUAAUUCUUGGAAUCUGGGGAAUCUAUGCUGCUUUCAAGCAUCAUAACGAGAAACACAUUCCAAAUCUCUACACCAUCCAUUCUUGGAUUGGUAUUGGUAUCAUUGUCCUUUAUCCACUCCAGUGGAUUUACAGCGUUAUAGUCUUCUUGUAUCCAAGAAUAUCGUCAACUCUCAGAAGCAAAUCUCUUCCGUGGCAUGUUUUUCUCGGCGUCUUUGUUUAUGUUCUUGCAGUUGGAAACUCGGUUUUAGGGUUUCUUGAAAAGCUUACUUUCUUGGAAAAGUCAGGGCUUGACAAAUUUGGAUCAGAAGCGUUUCUUGUCAACUUCAUGGCUAUUAUCACAAUUCUUUUUGGUACUUUUGUGCUACUCAUUGUUUCCUCCAAGUCUCCUCAUUCAUCUGAUGACGAUAGUCAUAGCUAUUCAGCUAUAUGA